CCGUUACGGUAACCAUUCCCAAAGCGGUCAUAAUGGCGGACCUCUGUACUGUGGCUUCACCGCUUUGUCUGGGUAUAUAAAUGCUACUCUGGAGGCUCAUGUGGUGAUCGUUUGUCUCUGCUCAAUGCCAUUGAUCCACAGAUGUUCUCCAGGUUGAGGUUUGGUAGGUUCAGAAGGCCGCUAAGGCUGGCGAGAUCCUCCGUGGUGCCAUCAUCAGUCGUAUACUUCCUCGGAGGUGUGGGUGCUGCUACUGCUUAUUACACGCUGAACAGGCCGUCUGGUCCGCUCUUUGUCGGCUCUACUACGAAGCUUGAGCAUCUGAGUCCAAUUGAAUAUGGUUCCUCUGGUGAUUUCGACGUUGCUGUUGAUGAAAUUACACAGAUUGUUGGUGUGGACCAUGUGAGCAUAUCGCAGUCUGAUAUUGAGCACCACAGCGACUCGUACUACCAGACACACCACCCUAAACCGGGCCAGGUGCCCCGUGUUGUUGUGUACCCGGCAUCCACUGAGGAGGUGAGUGAGGUGAUGAAGGUGGCAUACAAGUACAAGGUCCCCAUCGUGCCCUUCACUGGUGGUACUUCUCUGGAAGGCCAGUUCAUCGCCUCGAGAGCCGGUAUAACCCUCGAUUUGAACAGGCUGGACAAGAUUGUUAAGCUCAAUGAGCUCGAUUUGGACGUCACAGUGCAGCCAGCGGUCGGCUGGCAAGAUCUGAACGAGUAUCUUGCGCCAUAUGGGCUGCUGUUUGGCCCUGACCCCGGUCCAGGUGCUUGCAUUGGUGGUAUGGUGGGAACGUCAUGCUCUGGUACAAAUGCCGCUAGAUAUGGUACUAUGAAGGAGAACGUUCUGGGCUUGACCGUUGUUCUAGCAGACGGUACCAUUGUGAAGACUAAGAAGAGGCCCAGAAAGUCGAGUGCUGGUUAUAACUUGACUGGCUUGUUUGUCGGCAGUGAAGGCACCCUUGGAAUUGUGACAGAGGCGACGCUGAAGCUAUACGUGAAGCCAGAGGAGGAGACCGUUGCAGUGGUUAACUUUGAUGAUAUCCAGCAGGCUACGAAUGCCGUGAGCGAUAUUGUUUCAAAGGGGAUCCAGGUCAAUGCAGUGGAGUUGCUGGACACGAAUAUGAUGAAGUGCAUAAACUUUGUUAAGUCAACCUCCAAACAAUGGGUUGAGAAGCCAACUCUUUUGAUCAAGAUUGGUGGCUCGAAGACCAUUGUUGGCGAGCUUGUCAAGUCCAUUCGUGACAUCACUAAGAAUAAUGGCUCCUCACAGUUCCAAUUUGCACAGACAGAAGAAGAGAAGGCCGAGCUGUGGUCUGCACGUCGUAUGAGUCUGUGGUCCACCAUAGAUUGGGGAAAGAAGACCAUAUCUGAAGACGUUAAAGUUUACAUCACUGAUGUUGCUGUGCCGAUCUCCCGGCUCUCCACUGUGAUUGAUGAGACUAAACAGGACCUGGAUUCUAACGGCUUCAAAUACACCAUCAUAGGACACGUCGGGGACGGUAACUUCCAUGCAUUGGUCCUCUACAAAGACGAGCAGGCAGACGAAGCCAAGAAGCUGGUUGGGCGUAUGGUUGAUCGUGCUUUGGAGAACGAUGGUACGUGUACAGGAGAGCAUGGUGUUGGUGUUGGUAAACGUCAGUACCUGGUACAGGAGGUUGGCGAGCCUACAGUAGACACCAUGAGACGUAUUAAACUGGCACUGGAUCCGCUGAGACUGUUGAACGCCGACAAGAUCUUUCAAAUAGAUCCAACGGACAAAGAUCACUGAAGUAUGCCUUUAUAUAGUUGAAGAGUGUGGUUU